CCCAACCCAAUCCUGGUAGUGAAGUGAGAAAGCACAUUUCCAACAACUGAGAGUAUGAGAGAGAGAGAGAGAGAGAGAGAGAGAGAGAGCGUGCAGGAUUUGGAAAAAUCUUCUUCUGCCUGCUAACUCUAUAACCGCCUACUAGUCUCAUUACAUCAGUCUGGGAUCUUCAUCAUCUCCUCUCCUCCAACCAAUUUGUUUAAUUCAUUUCAUUAGAUAGAUAGACAAAGCAAAGACAUCUGCUCUGCUCAUAUUUUUACUUGGAAAGACAACAACGAAGAACAAAAGAGAUCAGAUAUCAGAUAUCAGAAGAGAUGGGUGCGAUUAAGGCAGCUGUUGGAGACACUGUGCUCACCUUCUUGUGGAUUUCCUGCGCAUCGACGCUUGGACUAGCCACCAGCUUCAUCGCAAAUGCCGUUGGGGUUCAGGACCUUCUAUGGCUGCCGCUCUUCAUCACCACCGCCCUUGUCUUCGUCCUUGUGUUUGUCUUCACCUUCCUCGGAGACGCCUUGGGUGGGGCCAGCUUCAACCCCACUGGCACUGCCUCCUUUUACGCCGCCGGCCUUGGCGCCGACACCCUCCUCUCCAUGGCCCUCCGCUUCCCUGCUCAGGCUUUGGGUGCUGUGGGUGGAGUACUAGCCAUUAACGAGGUCAUGCCACAGCAAUACAAGCACAUGCUUGGAGGGCCUUCAUUAAAAGUUGACGUGCAUACUGGAGCUAUCGCUGAGGGGGUAUUGACUUUCGUAAUCUCCUUUCUUGUCCUUGUAAUCAUACUCAAGGGUCCUCGUAGCCCAGUUUUGAAGAUGUUGCUACUUUCUGUGGUCACUGUCACAUUGGUUGUUUCCGGUUCUGUCUACACCGGCCCUUCAAUGAAUCCAGCCAAUGCAUUUGGUUGGGCAUAUCUAAACAAUUGGCACAACACAUGGGAGCAGUUUUAUGUGUAUUGGAUUUGCCCCUUCAUAGGAGCAAUAUUGGCUGGUUGGAUUUUCCGAGCUGUCUUUCCCCCCCUACCUGCCAAAGGCGAAAAGAAGGCCAAGAAGGCCUGAAGAGAAGAGGCGAAGUGGGGUAGCUUCUUUCUGGUCAUUUUCAUCAGAAGAUAAGGAGGACCUUAGGGUUGGUAAACCUGUCUUCAAAUUGUGGAUAAAAUAAAAUGACUGUCUAGUCAAAGUUGUGUUUUGACGUUGGCAUUCUUUAUGCACGUGCUGGCAAUGAAUUUCAGCGUGUUCAACGAGAGAGCAUUGAUAAUAUAGCUGGGUUAAAUGGCAGGCGUUGCCAUCCGUUCAUUAGAUAUCCCUUCCA